AACACUUGAGGCGUUUUCAGCACUGAGUGUAGCUGAUAGUAAAGUUUUUGCUAAAGUUAAGUCAGCAGUUCUGAAGGUCUACGAGCUUGUGCCGGAGGCAUAUCGUCAACGCUUUCGUUAUAGGGAAAAGCAAGAUUCACAAACCUAUUCUGAGUUUGUUCGAGAUUUGACUUCUGCAUUUAAUCGUUGGUGCACUGCUUCUGAAGUUAGUACUUUUGAGGGUCUGUCCAACUUGAUUGUGUUGGAACAGUUCAAAGAUUCUGUGUCUGACCAGGUUGCUACAUACAUUAAUGAACGUAACGUUAAGUCUCCAAGUGAUGCAGCAGUUCUUGCAGAUGAGUACAGGUUAACUCAUAAAAGCCAUUUUGAGUCAAACAGUGACAUGUACUAUAAAGAUAACUUUACUCCUGGGACUAGUAGGUCAUCUUUUUCUGGAGCUUUGUUUCAAAGGCCUCAGCAGAAGUUAGGUUCUGGGGGACCUACAGCACUGGUUAGCUGUCGCUACUGUUUAGUUGAAGGACAUUGGAAGGAAGAUUGUCCUCUCUUUCAAUCAAGAAAGUUAGGUCAAGCUAAACCUGCUGUGAUGGCAGUUCCUGUUGCAGCCUCUGACCACCAGGGUGAGUUUUCUCAGCCAAUAGUUGAGUUUGGUUCUGAGUCUUUCAAAGGUGAUUUUUCAGCCUUUAUUUCAGAUGGUGUAGUGUCUUUGGUAGAUGGCAGCCACAAUGUUCCAAUUAGGAUUUUAAGAGACACUGGAGCUUUAGAUUCUUUUUGUUUUGGAAUCUGUUUUGCUGUUCUCCAAGGAGUCUGAUACUGGCAGUUGUGUAUUGACACGUGGCAUGGGAUUAGUUCCAUUCUUUUCUCCUUUACAUGACAUUACCCUUAAAUGUGGUCUGGUAGAGGGCAAUGUAGCUGUUGGGGUUAGACCCCAGUUGCCAGUAGCUUGAGUCCACAUGAUUUUGGGGAAUGACUUGGCAGGUAGUAAGGUGUGGGCAGAUGGCAAAAUAAACAUCUUUGAGAAGAAAGUUUCAGUACUCCCUGUAAAGGUAUCUCCAGAUUGCAACUGUGCGUCUCCAGAGGUAUUUCCAGGUUGUGCUGUUACCUGCUCUGCCUCACGCAAGGAGAAUGUGGGGAAAAUGUUUGGUGGUCUCAGCUGGGAAACGAGCAAGAAGGAUCUUAAAGAUUACUUCACCAAAUUUGGUGAGGUGACAGAUUGUACCAUAAAAAUGGACCAGCAGACAGGCCGGUCAAGAGGCUUUGGCUUAAUUUUCUUUAAAGACUCAGCCAGUGUGGAAAAGGUUCUGGAACAGAAGGAGCACAGGCUAGAUGGCAGAGGGAUUGACCCAAAGAAAGCCAUGGCCAUGAAGAAGGAUCCAGUCAAGAAAAUCUUUGUGGGAGGCAUUGACCCGGACACCUCAAAGGAAGUCAUUCAGGAGUACUUUGGAUCCUUUGGAGAUGUUGGGACCAUUGAGCUUCCACAAGAUCCAAGGACCGAAAAGAGGAGGGGAUUCGUGUUCAUCACAUAUAAAAAGACUUCUGUCAAGAAGGUUAUGGAGACGAAAUACCACAAUGUCGGUGGACGGAAGUGUGAGAUUAAAAUAGCCCAGCCCACAGAAGUCUACCGGCAGCAGCAGUAUGGCGGCCGUGGAUACGGAGGAUGCGGCAGGUGCCGUGGAGGCCAGGGUCAGAACUGGAAUCAAUCUGGAUACAACCAGAACUAUGGCUACGGACAGUCAGCCACGGGACACAGGGCGACUGCUAAGAACCGGGAUUGAGUUUUGUUUUCCUCCCAUUUUUUUUUUGGGGAACUUUUUGAAUAAGUUGGGCCAAAUUUUGGGCUGAGGGUGGGACCCUCAUUUUAAGCGGGGGGAUGUUACGACCCCGCCUCUGCUGUGCAGGGGAGGUUCCUCCUGCAGGCAGAGGAGGGUCGUUGGAUUGGAGCCACCUGGGCUCAGGUAUUUAAGUUGCCUCGAAUCACUUUGUUCUCUCUCUCUGCUCCUCCAGGUAUGACUUGGUUUGGUUUGUUCCUUUAUAGUUCUUAGUUUUCAUUCAGUCAUUUACACCUAUACAGAUUCAUUCAUCCAUGCACUUUGCAUACACCUUACAUUAUGACAUUCUCACACCUCAUUCCUUUUUCUUUGUUUAAAGUUACUAGUUUUGAUUUAUAAUAAAAUACCCUUUUGAUUGGCCUAUGCUUGUUGUUGGUGUCCCCUCAUUUCUUUGCCACAGGCCAUGAGCCGGUUUAUCUAUCUACAGCCUAUCAACACAUCACUGACAGAGUGUCUCCUGUCCCGCAAGUGGAUGUCCUUCUCUUCAACCUUCAGAAGAGGUGGGCAGCACGGGUGUAGAGGCUGCCUGGGCUGAGGGCGAGAGGUGACCGACAGGUUUCUGUCUGGUAGCACAGUUGCUCUCCAGCAAAGGGUUAUUCUACCUCGUUACUCUAGCAGAUAAUGAUCCAGUAUGUUUUCCUUUUCUCACCAGAGGAGAUUAUCCAUCAUUCUUGUCGACCAGAGCUGGAAAUGAGAGGCUGUCCGUCCUGCACUUCGAUGGGAGCUAACAAACAUGGAACUGUCACUGAUAAAUCUACUGAAAGGAUUACAGGAACUGAUGAAGAAACUUUUCAGGAUACAAUUUGACUGUCUGAGGAUUCUUUCAGAAUUCAACUGGUGUGACUUUCUUAUUUAAGCUCUGCAGAACAAACGUUUAUUUUCAAUAAAUUGGUGAAACAACUAA